ACCCACCAACAACCCAUUUUCGCGUCGGUGGAGCGGAUGCGGCUUCGCCCACCACCCUUUCCUUCUCGCCCCCUUCGAAGACGCGCGAAAGAUAGGAAAAGAAGGAGGGGGGGACCAGGGGGGAAACCUCUGUUGGUUGGUAAAUUUUCUGACAGUCGGUCCUCUUGUCGGUGAAGUUAUCCAAGAUCCCACUGCAAAGUCUUUGUCCACUCUCGCUCAUCUCCCGUCAGCUACGCCUUUCGGUGACAUAUGGGGAAACGCGAACCAUCGGACCAGAAGCUGAUGCAGUCACAUAAUCCCAGCGGUUAACAAUCUCUUGUUCCGAGCUUGGGCGUCCCCAACUUUCCAGUCCACUCGCAUCUUAUCCCUCCACCCCUCCUCCUCCUCCUCCUCCCAAAAAGCCCGUCUCCGGAUUCAUUUUCCCAUUUCUCUACCAGCAUUGACGGUCAACCUCGCGCGAAGAUUACGCCACAGCCAGGCUUCUUCCCCGGCCCAUAGAUCGAACCAUGACCGGAGCCCCCGACCCGGAAAAGGGGUCCCCCGCGGCUGCCAAGACCGCAACGGCGACCCCAUCCAGAUCAAGCCAAGACUCGCCGCCUCUUCGCCCGCUGAAAGGGGUCGAGUCGCGGCACAGCCACCGGAGCCGGAGCCGGGCUACGUCCCACUCGUCCACCGACACCGACCCCCUUGAGCCCCUGGAGCACGCCCUGACCCCCGACCUCGAGAUCGAGGCCGAGCAUGUCGCCAGGGAGCCCAUCACCUACAUGCGCACCGGCACCAGCAUCGGCAGCACCGCCUCGAGGCCCCCGGAUUUCGAAGUUGUCUUCGAGCCGGACGACCCCGAGAACCCCAAGAACUGGCCGCUGUGGUACCGCGGCUGGACCAUCUUCGUCGUGUCGCUCUCCACCUGGAUCAUUGUCCUGUACAGCACGAGCUACACCGCCUCCAUCCCGGGUCUCAUUGAGGAGUAUCACUCGACCCAGGUCAUCGCCACUCUUGGCGUUACCACCUAUCUUCUCGGCCUUGCCGCCGGUAGCCUGAUCGUGGCGCCCAUGAGUGAGCUGUACGGCCGCCAGUAUGUCUAUCUCGGCUGCUUCACCGUCUCGUCUCUCUUGAUCAUCCCCUGCGCCCUGGCCAAGUCCUUGACCACGCUCAUUGUCGUCCGCUUCUUCGGCGCAUUGUUCGGAGCCGCCUUGAUCGCAAACAGCCCGGGCACCGUGGUCGAUAUCUCCGAUGAAGAAUAUCGUGCCCUCGCCAUGUCGUUCUACAGCAUCGCGCCCUUGAACGGCCCCGUGACGGGUCCGCUCAUCGGCGGCUUCGUCUUCCAGUACAUGGGCUGGAGGUGGACCAACUGGAUCGUUCUUAUUCUCGCUGGCGUCGGCAUCGCCCUCAUGUUCACCCUCCGCGAGACGUACGCGCCAACCAUCCUGCAGCGCAAGGCGGCACGCAUGCGCAAGGAGACGGACGAUCCGCGCUGGUGGUGCCGCUACGACGAGAAGGUCUCCAAGUUCCACCUCAUCAAGCUGAACCUCAGCCGCCCCUUCGUCCUGAGCUUCACGGAGCCUAUCUUGUGGUUCUUCAACCUCUGGAUCUCCCUCAUCUACGGCAUUCUCUAUCUGUGCUUCGUCGCCUACCCGAUCGUCUUCUCCCAGUACCGCGGCUGGGGACCCGGCGUCUCCGGUCUCGCCUUUGUCGGCAUCGGCAUCGGCACCAUCCUAGCCAUCUGCUGCGAGCCCAUCUUCCGCCGCAUCAUCAACGCGCACCCCAAGGACCCCGUCACCGGCCGUGUCCCUCCCGAGGCCACCGCCCGCGUCAUGACCAUCGGCGCCGUCCUCACGCCCAUCGGCCAGCUAGUCUUCUCAUGGACGUGCCUGCCCGCCACCAUCCACUGGGCGAUCCCCAUCGCCUUCGGCAUCCCCUUUGGCGCCGGGAACACGAUAUCCUUCAUCUACGGCUCCAACUACCUGGCUGGGUCCUAUGGCAUCUACGCGGCCUCCGCUCUUGCAGGAAACGCCGUCAUGCGGUCCAUGUUCGGCGGCACGCUGCCCCUCGCGGGGCCCUCCAUGUACAGAGCCCUGACGCCCCAGUGGGCCGGCACGCUCUGCGGCCUGCUCGAGCUCGCGCUCAUCCCCAUUCCCAUCAUCUUCUGGCGGUACGGCGAGAGGAUUCGCGCCAGGAGCCCCGUCAUCAGACAGAUGAGAGAGGACCAGGAGAAGAACGACAGCAAACGCGCCAAACAACAGGCGCGUCUUGAGAGGAAGAGAGAGAGAGAAGCCGCUGUCGCUGAGACUGGCGCCGGCGCCGGCGAGAAGUCGGGCGGCGUGCUGACGAAGGAGAAACUGGCCAGGCCAAGGGACAUUGAGAAGAGCGCCUGAAUUUGCGUAAUGCGGUCUCUCUCGGGGCCUCUAACGGAGCAUAUUUAUUGUACAGUGAGCGACUUGCGUUACAUAUGGAUGACGAUUGGAUACCUAGGUUGUUAUAAAGUAACAUCAAACUAGUAUCACAACCUAUUAGACACAAUAGGACUAGGGGAUGCCCCUACAGGGCGUCUAGCAGUUAUAGACAAGUUAUAAGCAGUAGAUAUAGGAAAUAAGAGUAAUUUCUCUAGUGCUGAAGAAUUAUAGUAGAAAGUCAAUUACAAUAACG